AUGGACCACUUCGUCAACUUUUUCCGCAUCAAAGCGGGUAUCGAUUGGCAGGAUCGCGUUCUCCGAGAGGGAACCACGCCUCUGUCUCUGUUUCAAUACAGCCCACCAACCGGCGGCAAGCCUGUUGGCAGACGCCUUCGGUUUUCGUACGACCAUUGUGUGGAGUUGAACUUGGAAUGGAAGAGGCGGAAUCUGCCACAGGAGAUCGAUCACGAAAUAGAGAAUAGAGAUGCAGAAGAAGUAGACGGGUCUGCGGAAGAUGAUGACGGGGACUCUAUCGGCGACGAUGAGGAGGGUGGCAUCGCAAUAGACAUCGACGAGGAGUUCCGGGAGGUUUCUCCAGGUGCGGCCCAGGCCAUUGAAGAAAGCGACGAGCCAAAGUCCAAGCCACCCACGUCGGAGAGCAUUUGUAUCUCGCCUGGAGAGGAAAGCACUGAAGCGUCAGGCGAUGAGCGCGCCGAGCCGAGUCCGGGACCACUUGAUCCACCAAGGCAGCUGUGA